AUGGAGUGUUUUCGACUGAUCUUCCGAUGCCUGAAGGCACCGUUUGCUCGUAACCAAGGAAAGAUUAUUGAGAUUGGACCUCCCACCAACUUCCGCAAAGAAGAACUGCCUGCGUGUUUCUCAGAUGCCGAGUCAGUCUUAUCACCCACUCAAAAUCAAACCGAGCGACCAAUUCUGACCUCCCAGCCACAGCACGCUGACGUCUCAGAACAGCCGCGAAACAACGAUGGAGAAGGACGAGACAAUGAUCGAGGCGAUUCCUCGUCAGCCAUCCGUCAAGGAGAAGAUUCAGGGCCAUGUCAGGAGAAUGAGCGUCCGACUCUCAAAGCCCGCCUCCGAGACCGCAUGAAGCGCUCUCGCUGGUUCAAGUCGACACCAACGACCAGCCCUGAAAAGGCAGUCACCAGUGAGAUGGACUUGUUCGUCACGACGGAAGAGAACCCGAAGGAGAUAUAG